AGGAGAACAGCCUCUGCUCUGCUUUGCUCUGUUCUCUUCUUCUUUUCUUCUCCUCCUUUUCCCUCUCUCUCUCUGUCUCUUCCUCUGUUUUCUUCUUCUAAAAAUACAUCCAUGGAUACUGCUCAAGAUCAUGUAGCCUCCUCACCCACAUUCCCAACUGCAGAAAAGAAGAGAACCCACCAAGAAUGUGAAGAUAGUCAUGAACCUCGCCAGUCCUCUAAUGACUUCCUCCAAAGCAGAAGACAUUCCAAGGCCAUUAACAAAAAGCUUCAAAGGAAGCAAAGAAACACAAGGGCAAAGCUUCAGAAGAGCAAUGCUUGUGUAGAUCAGGUUGAUGAGGAGAAGGUUGGUAUAGAGAAGAGAAUCAUGUUGUUGCAGAGUAUCAUCCCUGGAGGAGAUUCACUUGGGAUCGACAAGCUUUUUGAAGAAACAGCUCUCUAUAUAUUGGCUCUUCAAGGUCAAGUGAAAGCCAUGAAAUUUCUUACCAGCUUCUUUGAGACCCUUGAGAAGGAGAAGUCCAUGUCCAAGUUUGGAGGUUAAUAAUAAGUUCUUCAUUAAUCCUUCUUCUAGCUAGUUCUCUGUAAACCCAAUUGCUUCCCUUUCUCUUUCUCUGUUUUUUUUUUUCUUCAAAAUUUCUCUCCUUAACUUUUCUAUAUUUCUUGGGGAAGCUGGCUGGUAAUGUUCUAGCAAGUCUAAUUCAUGUAUAUUGGAAAUUAAGGAGAGAUACCAUCAUAGUUUUUU